AUGGUAUCUUCAACAGCUGGAGUCCGAGUAGCUCGAGGGACUCCUCGGCUCAAUCACCUUCUCUUCGCGGACGACACGAUGUUCUUCAUACGGGCCACUCAAGAAAGUAGCCAAGCCCUAAACGGCAUACUCAAGAGAUACGAAGAAGCUUCGAGACAAACUAUAAAUGUCGAUAAGUCAUCUGUGACUUUCUCAAGGCGAACUCCAGCGGCUCGGAAAUCAACCGUGAAAGACACACUGCAGAUACAAAAGGAAGGUGGGAUAGGCAAAUAUCUCGGAUUGCCAGAACAUUUUGGAAGAUCAAAGAAGGACCUCUUCUCUUCUAUCGUGGAUCGGAUAACACAAAAAGCUCGCGGCUGGUCUAAUAGAUUCCUCUCAACGGCCGGCAAAAUGACGAUGUUAAAGAGUGUCCUCUCGCCUAUCCACUCUCAUGCCAUGUCAUGUUUCGAACUUCCGAUGUCUCUAGCGCUCACUCGGUUCUGGUGGGAUGACCGUAUGGAAAAAAAAAAGAUGGCUUGGAUUGCUUGGGAUAAACUCAUUCGCCCUAAGGAACAUGGAGGACUGGAUUUCAGAGACAUCCAAAGUUUCAAUGAAGCUUUCCUUGCAAAGUUCAGCUGGAGGAUUAUUAACAACCCUGACAAAUUGCUGAGCCGCAUUCUUCUUGGCAAAUAUUGCACCUCUGAAGAUUUCCUAUAUGUUUCCGAGAAAAGCGAGAUAUCUCAUGGAUGGAGAGGAGUUCUAAAAGGGCGAGAUCUGAUAAUGGAAAACGCAGGAUGGGAAAUAGGUAAUGGGGAAAGCAUCAACAUAUGGAACAAACCUUGGUUCAGCUGUGACUCUCAGGAACGUCCAAUGGGCCCGGCGCCGAUGAACUUUCAACACCUCACUGUGGCAGAUUUUCUGCUCCCUAAUAAUGAAUGGGACUUAGAUAUGAUACGACUGGUCCUCCCGUUUGAGGAGCACAAAAUCCGCCUGCUCAAACCCAGUCGCACCGGGGCGCCCGAUAAGCUAGCAUGGUUAGGCACGGAGACAGGAAGCUACACAACGAAGACGGGAUACGUAAAAGCUCUCUCGAACCAAACGGACUUGAUGAACAUCACGCAAGAAGACCAGAACUUCAACUGGAAGAAGGCAGUUUGGGGGCUUAAGACUUCACCGAAGACAAAACUAUUUGUAUGGAAAGUUCUCCAUGGCGCGAUCCCGGUGGGAGAAGCUCUCCGCGCACGCCACAUUAACGUAGAGGGGAAAUGCAAGCGAUGUAACAUGCCUGAAUCUAUAGAUCACUUGUUCUUUCAUUGUUCUUAUGCGAAACAGAUAUGGACUUCCUCCCCUGUUUCUCCAAGAAUUGAGUACAAUGAAUGUAUAGAUUCGCGUAGUCUCUGGAUCAGCGUGAGCACAAGAAAGAACCUACCACCAACUGGAGUUGCAGAGGGACCCUUAGCGCCAUGGAUACUGUGGCACAUCUGGACAGCGAGAAACAAUAUGGUUUUCAAUGACAAGCAACUCUCUUCUGAAGAUACUCUGUCCAAAGUCAUCCUAGCGGCAAGAGAAUGGGGAUCUGCUCAACAAAAGAUUGCCCCAAUGAAGAGUCCGACGGCGCAAAAGCUCACGCCAAAUGCGGGUUGCGUCCUAGUUAAAACUGAUGCUGCCUGGAAAGAAUCUUUAAACAUUGCAGGUCUGGGAUGGACAGUGGAAAAUCAGAGUGGAACCGCUCAAUUCUCAGCUCCUGCUCACUAUGUGAAAACAGCUUUGGCUGCGGAGGCUCUGGCUCUACGAGAAGCCAUCUGGAAAUGCCGGGAACUAGGACAUGCGAGGAUCAGGUGUGAAUCGGACUCGGCAGUUCUAAUCAAGGCAAUCAAGGCGAAAACCUCUCUAGCUGGCCUCUAUGGGGUCUUGGCUGAUAUCCUAUCUUUAUCUUCUUGUUUUGAGUUUAUCUCUUUUAGCUGGAUUCCCCGUGGGAAAAACAUUGAAGCUGAUAUGCUAGCAAAACAGAGUUUAUCUGUUGAACUGGCUUUAUUGUCUCCACUUACUUUGAUUUGA